GAGGGUAAAGAAAGACGUUUAGAGGUGUAGAUAGCCAGGCUUCCUGAGCUGAGCUGUGGGCCUUUUACUGCAGUUUUCCAACAAAACCAUGGACUAGACCUUCAUGAACGUUGGCUCACUUUGGAGAGUUUCACACCACAUUUCAAGAUGAAUGACGAAAGCAGCAGCUCCAGCUCCUCCUCCUCCUCCUCCUCCCGGUUGGUGGAGGACUUUGAAGAAGAGCUAGAUGAAGAGGUGGACAGUGAAGAAGGGAAGAACCAGAGUGGAAGGGGCAGUCCAACACCCAGCCUGUCAGGCUUCGCCUCUCUGCGUGCCGUCAUACGCAUCAAACAGAAAUACCAGGCCAUUAAGAAGCGGCGACAGGAGAUGGCCCUCAGGCUGGGGGCACCGGGGGCCCUCACCGGGGCUCCUGGGCGCACCAGCCCCAAAAUCUUCACCUUCGACCCACUCACCCCCACCAGCUUCUCUGCCUUUCCUCCCGUCCCUCAGAAGAAGAAGCGAAAGAGAAAGAGACGAGUGAUGUUUCCCAAUGGCGGGCCGUGCAAAUCCGUCCCCAAGCAGGAGCGCAGCAGAGCCACUUACUGUCUCUACCUGCUCUUCGCCAUAGUCUUCCUCCAAGUGUACAACGCCAUAGAAAACCUUGACGACCACGUUCUCAGAUACGAUCUGGAUGGCUUGGAGAAGACUCUGAGGAGGGAGGUGUUUGGGCAGCAGGGGGCGGUGGAGGGUCUGCUGUCCCAUUUUAAAGACUACUUAUCCACAUACGUUCACAACAAACCCUUGGUGGUGUCGGUUCACGGGCCUAGCGGUGUAGGGAAGAGCCACCUGGGGCGCCUCCUGGCCGGACACUUCCGCUCGGUGGUGGGGGACACCCUAGUGCUGCAGUACUACGUCCUUCACCACUGCCCCCAGGAGGCUGAAGCCAUCCAGUGCGCUCGCAACCUCUCUGCUAUCAUCUCGGAGAUGGUGGAGAAGGCCGAGGAGGAGGAGAAGAUCCCGCUCUUCAUCUUCGACGAGGCCGAGCACAUGCACGUGGAGAUCCUGGACGUGCUGUUGAAGCUCGUCGCCUCCAAACAGUCCAACGAGUACCUGAACGCCAUCUACCUGUUCCUGAGCAACCUGGGCCAUACGCACAUCACCAAACACAUGCUACAGAACUCCUCGAGUAUUUCCAUGGCGAUGACCGCCUCUGGCCGCCAUAGCAACCUCGUGAAAGAAUUGACUCCAAUUUUACGCAACAAGCUAGAGAAGCAUCACCCACUGUGGACUGAGGCUGACAUUAUACCUCUUGGACUUUUGGAGAAAGAUCAUGUGAUGGAAUGCUUUUUGGAAGAAAUCACUCGUGAGGGAUUCUACCCAGAUCACAGCAACAUCGAGCGCCUCGCAGGGGAGAUUGAAUACUACCCUAUAGUUGGAGGGCACCAAUACUCCCAGACAGGCUGCAAGCAAGUGGUGGCAAAGGUCAACAUGCUGUAACACUCUGCAGGAAGCCUCUGUUUUAUUUUACAUUCUCUUUUUCCAAUGAAGAAUAAAGAUAUAAGAUCAUGAGAGUGAUGAAAUAUGAAACUUGAAAAAAACAGACCCAAAGUUGUCAGGAGAAUCAGAGCUGGCCAUUUACCAGACAGUUAAGCGUUUAGGAGCCAGACUCUACAAUGAGAAAUUAAUCCUGUGAAAUGUUUGAAAAUAUCCCAAACACUCCUUACAGGGUUGGUCCACCCAAAUUACACAACAGUUUAUGACUUACCACUGUAUGUUUCCCUCUCCGUGCAAUACAUUUUAUCUUGUGGUUUCCAAGGAUAUGGCAAAUUUCAAAACAUCACUGUAGAUAUUCACAGCGAUGUUACUUAUUAGGUAUGAAAUCUCAGGACUGAAUUAAACUACCUAUAGUUUAUUGUAUCAUGUUAUCUUUAUAUUUAGCCUGGUCUUACUGUAUUUAAGCACCACUGCUGCAUAACUUUUGACCCAAGUAUUAGCUUAAUUUGAUAUGUUACAUUUUCAGAUCAGCGCUACUUCUGUAGUGAUGCUCCACGAGGGCUGUAUGAGGGCCUGAAGGGGUUAGCUCAAUGCUAACUGAGUCAUGUGACUCAGAGCUCCCCUUUACAGCAGGCUGAGCUCCACUUGAACAUGACAAGCUAAGCUAAAGUUGUUGCUAGGCAACAGAGCUUGGAUUUAAUCUCGAGAGGUGAAUAUAAAACAUAUAGUCUUUUUUUUACGGCACUGGCGGCUCUUUUUUCCUGACAGAGAGGGGGGGCGAGACAUGUGGCAAAGGACCACAGACCUGAUUCGAACCCAGGUCGGCCACAUCAAGGACGAAGGUCUCCAUACAUUACGAUUCUGUGCAGUAGCCGGUAUGCCACCUGCACACCCAUAAUUUUAGGAUUAAAAUUUACUUAGACUUUCACUGAACAAUUCAAAUAAAGUAUGAAUUAGAAUAAAACCAGUCAAAUUUACACAUUUAGAAAUUAUUUUAUUCUUUGUUUUUUCUUACCUCCUCAUGCGACCUUUGCUGACAUUUUUUUUUUAUUCCACUACGAAGCAAACCCACACAACUGUUUGAUACUACAUUGAUCGCAGACGAGGGGAAGUCAACAAGGGUGUGUAUUUGGGUCAUUGUUGGUUUUGAAUUUCCUUAAAACAACAUUCAAAGCAUUCGAGCAAACUGUUUUCUGAGGAAAACCACAUCUUGCAGUUUGCAAAGUGGGCAUAACAUUGAUGGCAAAAAAAAAAAAAGACAGAAAAUAUACUCCAAGUCAUAAUAUUAGAAUUUAGACGUAUGUAUUGCCAAAAGUGUUGAAUAUAAAAGCUAGGCUAUAAAACAGUAAAUCGGAGCCAACAGAUUAACAAUAGGAAGUCAUAAAAAGUUCAUAUGUAUACAAAGAUGUAAAAAAAAAAAACAUAUACAGCUAAUAAGCCGUGACCUUGGGCUCUGAAUGCAUUAUGUUGGCUUUCCUUGAAUGGAACCCACUUUGCUUAAAUACAUACAACUUUUAUGUAUAAAACAAGUUGGGCUCUCUUUUUCAGCCCAAAUAAUGUUCAUAAACCGCCUGGAUAUACGAAAUGUCGCCCAAUUUGAACCAAAGUCUAUUGAUCUCUUAGACCAUAAAUGUAAAGAAAAAUAUUUUUUACCCAUUGACGGCCAUCCUAAACUGCCAGAUUGGUAAACAUCCCAACCUGGCAACAAUGCAUGUAAGACUGGAAACGUAGCCUUUAGAUGCAAAACUGCACAGCAACCAAUUUUUGUCAAAAUAUACAAACAUAAAUUCGCCAAAUAUAAGAGGAACAUUGUAGUUGGGUUUAAAGAAAGCAUUUUACUUUUAUUACAAUUUAGUUUGGUGCAAGGAUUUUACGGCUUGAAGAAAUAUAAAAUUACACCUUAUGCAAACCGUCACAAAGAUGUGCAUGACAAGGAAGGGCUAUAUAUACUGCAUGCAUCAUUUAGGUAGUUAACAUUGCAUUACUUCUUGAGCUCCUUGAGUUAUUUACUGUCACAGGUAGGUGCUUCAGCUAGAGAGUAAGUGUUGGGGUCCUUGCACGCUGAAAUUAGAACCGGCCCAGUGGGCAAAUGCCCGGUAUCACAGAUUACCAGUCCAGCCUGCAUGUAGGAUCCAUGUGGAAAGCGCUUUCAUCAAGAUUUGACCCUCCAAAAAGCUAUUGCAGUGGUUCUUGAACGAUUAGACAACUCUGGCCAAGUUUCUGUGAUGUAUAAAAGAGAAAUAAUUUGAGAACUCCUUUCACAUAUUCAGUAAUAUUAUUUAGUAUAAUUCAACCAAGGUGAACCAUGGUGAAUGUGAUCUGGGUGGACUAAUCCUUGAAGAAAGUAGGCAGCUCAAACAGAAAAGACUCCAUGAAGACUGAAGGACAUACGUUACUCUACUUCGUAUUACCAUAAAAAUAAAUGGAGACUUUCAUCCAGGACCUACAUUCCUUCUACAUUUUUCUGAUGAUUGAAACCUAAAGUUUCACCACUCAGCCUGACCUGCAGCCAUCAUGCCUGAGAAGGAGCUGCGGACACUAUUUUUACACUGCAGCAAUGGGACAUGUGCUUGCAUCAAAAACAUCUUUAAAAAAGAGCGUGUGUUUAUUUAUUACGCAUUCAGAUAUGUUAUGAUUUACUGCAAGUUUACAGCCAAGAGAAUGAACUUGGAAGGAGCUCAGACCGACACCAGCUGUUCUCAUGUUGUUUGGUGGAUCUGGGAGGAUGGAUUUUCUUAUUGUUCGGUCAUUUCCUGUGUCA